AUGGAAAUUCACUACAUCAACAACUCUGUUAUACUUAUAAAUAAAGGGUUCAAUGCCUCGGAUCGGGAAGUGACCAUAUUUAAGCAGUGUGAACACAUGCCUGCCAUCAUACUUUUUUAUCUGGGCUUGCAAUUUGUUAACAUGUUCUUGGGAAUCCCAGCCAACUUGAUGGUUUUGUGGCUUCUGCACAAAAACAAAGCAGACUCUUCCACCUCAGACAUCUUUAUUUGGCACCUGGCUGUCCUGGACACCCUCUUCUGCCUCAUCCCGCCGCUGGAAUUGGCCAAUAUCAUGUACCUGACAAGCAGCAGCCCCUGGUACGUGCUACGCUUCUUCUACGGCAUCAAAGACUCGUCCCCGCUCUUCCUCUCCUGCAUCUGCUUGGACCGCUACAUGGCGGUGGUCCACCCCAUUACCUUUGCGGCACUGAAGGACCGCCGGCACCGGUCAGUUUGCGCCGCGGUUGUGUGGGUCCUCACAUUGGCGUAUGCGGCAGCCAAGUGUGUGGGAACCAUUGUAAAAUUCGAGAAGGCCUUCACUGUCAUGAUCCUGGCCACCUUCGCUGUCAUGCUUUUCUGUAAUCUGUCCAUUCUCUUCACCCUCCGACACUCCGGACCAGUUCGAGACGUGAUGCACCCAGUCAAGAAGAAAGCCUUCAAGAUGGUCCUCAUCAUCCUGAGCAUCAUCAUUUUCAACUACUUGCCUCCUGUGGCACUCUUUCCAUUUGAGGAGUACUUCUCUCACAAUGUCUUCCGCUGUUACAUCCACUACAUUGCCUUUGGAUUCAUGGAUAUCAGCAGCACCAUCCAGCCCAUGCUGUACCUGUCAAAGGAGAAGCUGUCUUGCUCACCCAGGUGCUGCUGUAAAAGGUGCUUUGACCAGGAGAUGCAUGAAGUCUCAACAUAA